GCGAAAUUCAGUCCCCCGGACAAGAUACAUGGAGCCCAAGCGGAGGGUUAUGGAGGCGUCCCGAGGUUUUGCGGAAGACAAGGCCUUAAGCUCAGAGCAGGCUGCCCGUUACCUGAGAUACGUGAAAGAGGCCAAAGAAGCAACUAAGAGUGGAGAUCUGGAAGCAGCAUUAAAACUUUUCAGUUUGGCAAAGGAAAUUUUUCCCAAUGAAAAGGUUAUGAGCAGAAUCCGAAAAAUACAGGAAGCCUUGGAGGAGGUGGCAAAACACGGCGAUGAUGAAUUCACAGAUGUGUGCAACUCUGGCCUGUUGCUUUAUCGAGAACUGCACAACCAACUAUUUGAGCACCAGAAGGAAGGUGUAGCUUUCCUCUAUAGCCUAUACAGGGAUGGUAGAAAAGGUGGUAUUCUAGCAGAUGAUAUGGGGUUAGGGAAGACUGUUCAAAUCAUUGCUUUCCUUUCUGGUAUGUUUGAUUCUUCCCUUGUGAAUCAUGUGCUUCUGAUCAUGCCAACUAAUCUUAUUAGCACAUGGGUAAAAGAAUUUGUCAAGUGGACUCCAGGAAUGAGAGUCAAAACCUUUCAUGGUCCUAGCAAGGAUGAACGUACCAGAAACCUCACUCGGAUUCAGCAAAGGAAUGGUGUCAUUAUCACUACAUACCAAAUGUUAAUAAAUAAUUGGCAGCAACUUUCAAGUUUGAAUGGCCAAGAGUUUGUGUGGGACUAUGUCAUCCUUGAUGAAGCACAUAAAAUCAAAACCUCAUCUACUAAGUCAGCAAUAUGUGCUCGUGCUAUUCCUGCCAGUAAUCGCAUCCUCCUCACAGGAACCCCAAUCCAGAAUAAUUUACAAGAACUGUGGUCCCUGUUUGACUUUGCUUGUCAGGGUUCCCUGCUAGGAACAUUACGAACUUUUAAAAUGGAGUAUGAAACUCCGAUUACUAGAGCAAGAGAGAAAGAUGCUACCUCAGGGGAAAAAGCCUUGGGAUUUAAAAUAUCUGAAAACUUAAUGGCCAUCAUAAAACCCUAUUUUCUCAGGAGGUCAAAAGAAGAGGUACAGAGGAAAAAGUCAAGCAGCCCAGAGGUGAGACUCAGUGAAGGGAAUGUAGAUAUUGAUGCCAUUUGUGAAAUGCCUUCCCUUUCCAGGAAAAAUGACUUAAUUAUUUGGAUACGUCUUGUACCUUUACAAGAAGAAAUAUACAGGAAAUUUGUGUCUCUAGAUCAUAUCAAGGAGUUGUUAAUGGAGACACGCUCACCUUUGGCUGAGCUAGGUGUCUUAAAGAAGCUAUGUGAUCAUCCUAGACUACUUUCUGCACGGGCUUGUCAUUUGUUGAAUCUAGGGGCUGUCAAAUUCUCUGUUCAGGGUGAAACUGAAGGGGAAGAUUCCUCAGAUGUGGACCAUAUUGAUCAAAUAACUGAUGAUACACUGAUGGAAGAAUCUGGAAAAAUGGUAUUUCUAAUGGACCUGCUAAAGAGACUGCAAGAGGAAGGGCAUCAAACUCUGGUGUUUUCCCAAUCAAGACAAAUCCUAAACAUCAUUGAAUGCCUCUUAAGGAAUAGGCACUUUAAGAUACUAAGAAUCGAUGGAACAAUUACUCAUCUUGUGGAACGAGAAAAAAGAAUUAACUUAUUCCAGCAUAAUAAAGAUUACUCUGUUUUUCUGCUUACCACUCAAGUAGGUGGGGUUGGUUUAACAUUAACUGCAGCAACUAGAGUGGUAAUUUUUGACCCUAGCUGGAACCCUGCAACUGAUGCUCAAGCUGUGGAUAGAGUUUACCGAAUUGGACAGAAAGAAAAUGUUGUGGUUUAUAGGCUAAUCACUUGUGGGACUGUCGAGGAAAAAAUAUACAGAAGACAGGUUUUUAAGGACUCAUUAAUAAGACAAACUACUGGUGAUAAGAAGAACCCUUUCCGCUAUUUUAGUAAACAGGAAUUAAGAGAGCUCUUUACAGUUGAGGAUUUUCAGAACUCUGCAACCCAACUGCAGCUUCAGUAUCUGCACGCUGCACAGAGGAGGUCUGAUAAGAAAUUAGAUGAACAUAUUGCCUACCUGUACUCUUUGGGGAUAGCUGGAAUCUCAGACCACGAUUUGAUGUACACACAUGAUCUGUCUGUUAAAGAAGAGCUUGAUGUGACAGAAGAAUCUCACUAUAUUCAACAAAGGGUUCAGAAGGCUCAAUUCCUUGUUGAACUGGAGUCUCAAAAUACAGAGCUCUUAAUGGAAAGACAAAGAACUGGAAAUGAGAGGAUCUGGCCAAAAAAAACUCGACUUCCUUCUCAAACAAAAAAGAAAUGCCCUGAAUUGAAUAAACCACAGCCACAGCUUUCACCUCCUCUAAUUCAUCAUACUGCAGAAGAAGAAAUCAGUUCCCAAAUGGCAAGUGUAAUCAUUGAUGAUCUGCCCGAAGAGCUUGAGACUGUCCUGCAAGAUGGUAUCCAUCCAUGUGAAAGCAUGUUUGGAGCUGACUUUGUAGCUACUUUACCCAAGGGGUGUGAACAUGUAGAAGAUAUUUGGGCCAACUCCUUAGUAGGAAUGGCUCUACAGAAAGAGGCACAGCGAGAGGGGCCUACACAGGAGGCACUGGAAGAGAAGCCUCUGGGAGAUCUCAGUCAACUGAAGGAUGAUGGUACUUUACAUCACUGCAGUCCCCUAGCCAUUAAUCCCAUAAUCAAUGAAAAUCAAAAUACAGACUCAAAUGUAUCUGUUACUGAAACAGCGGACAGUGAUCUGGCAGCAUCCCACAGUGCACUGCAGGGUGCUCCAGCAAAUGGGGUCACGUUGAACGAGGAAUUUUUAGCAUCUCCAUCACAGUAUGUGUGUGAUUUCAAUCUUUUCUUGGAAGACUCUGCAGACGAUGGACAGAAUCCUUCCAGGCAGUCUUCGGAGCAUGCUGAGCAUGAAAAUAGCUUGUGUGGCUCUGCAGCUAAUUCUGGAGCACAGUUUGUUCAGAGCAAAGCAGGUCUCAGUCUGAAUCUUUCUGAGAAAGAGGAUGAGAUGGAAGAAGUAGUAGUUAAAAUUAGAAGUAAGGCUAGAAGGAUCGUUUCAGAUGGUGAAGAUGAAGAAGACGUUUUUAAAGAUACUUCAGGCACAAAUCCAUUCAACACAUCUCCCUUUCAAUUCCCAUCUGUAAAGCAGUUUGAUGCUUCAACUCCAAAAAGUGACAGUUCACCAGGAACGUUCUUUUCACCCAAAAUACCUGAUAGUAUAAAUAAGUUUGUAAACUCGAGAAGAUCCCUGGCUUCUAGGAGAUCUCUUAUUAAUGUGGUUUUAGACCAUGUGGAGGAUAUGGAGGAAAGACUUGACAAGAGCAAUGAAGCAGAGGUUUCCAAAGGUCACCUGGAAGAAGGAGCAGAGGAAAGCAGUGGUGAAGCCUCAGAGUGUACAGAAGAGUAUCCUUCUAGAGAAACACUGUCUUCAGAAAGUAAGUCCAGCUUGUUAACUACACCUAAGUCUGAUGUUCUCAGUCAAGAGACCUUUCCUGGUGACCUAGAUCCUUUGUCUGGUAGACAGUUGGUUGAUUCUACCCUGGAUAAGGCAGUGGAGGCUGCACACGACUAUGAGACUCUUGUUAUGCAUGGAAAAGAACUGAAAGAGUGUGGAAAAAUACAGGAGGCCCUAAACUGCUUUGUUAGAGCACUUGACAUAAAAAGCGCAGAUCCUGAAGUCAUGCUCAUGACAUUAAGUUUGUAUAAGCAACUUAAUAAAACUUGAGAAUAUAACUUGUUUAUUGUAUUUUAAAGUUACCAGAGUAUGAGGUAAUUUGUUCCCAUAAUUAGACUCUUUGGAAGCAUGAAGCAUUCAGGCAGGCUAAAGGCUAGAGAGAUCUCAAAAAGCAAGGUUUGUUUAUAACUUUUUGGUAAAGUAUCCCUUUAUUCCCUGCUUUUCUUAUAUUUAGGUAUUCUGAGCAUUACAUUAAUAUUCCUUUACUUGAAUAUUCUUGUAUUUUUCUUUUAGGCAUACAUACUCAAUAAACUGUUAUUUUGAGAAAAUUUUUUGUAAAAUUAUUCUAGCCAUUCUUAAUUUUAUUCUGAAAGUGGUAACUUUGGUAUCUCAGAGUUCAGAUAAUAAUAUUAAAGUUACUUUUCUCAAGUGUUUUCCAUUCACUUUCACUGAGAGGAUACUGGCAAAUGCAUAUAGAAACUCCUUAGUUUAGGCCGGAGCUUGUCA